AUGAAUUGGUUUAAAUCUUUAUGUAGUCAUUUCAAACUUUAUAACUAUUUCAGUUUGGUGUUUCGAUACUCUUCGAAGAACAAUCUUGUUGGCUGCGCAAAUCUCACGGCCUGGUGCUCCGAGCCGAGGGGAUGUGCGUUAACACGUGACGUCCUUCUUUUGGAUGCGGUGCAGUUGUGUGCGGGCAUGCCAGCACGGUCUACCGUGCAUCGAGAUGGUGAUGAGGUUUGGGUAGAAGAUGGUUAA